GAAGCAGCCGUUGACUUUGGUAUUACUUAUUCUGGUAUGUCAAUGAGGGACAUUGGCAAACCCCCUGUUCGUGGAAAAACUUCGCCUUAUGGCUUCUUUGUGAAGAUGUGCUACGAGGAGCACAAAAAGAAAUAUCCUAAUGAGAAUGUGCAGGUCACUGAGAUAUCGAAAAAGUGCAGUGAGAAGUGGAAAACAAUGUCUGAUGAUGAGAAAAGACGCUUCUAUGAACUUGCUCAAAAAGAUGCUGAAAGGUAUCAAGCAGAGGUAGCAGCAUACGGCGGAGAAGAUGCCAUGAGAAAGCGAAAAAGGGCGAAAAAGGAUCCGAACGCACCAAAACGUGCUUUAUCGGCGUUUUUCUUCUUCUCUCAGGACAGACGACCCGAAGUUCAGCAACUGCAUCCAGAGUGGAAAGUUGGUCAGGUGGCGCAAGAACUAGGUCGAAUGUGGAAGACUGUCUCAGUGGACGAAAAAGACAUGUACGAGAGGAAAGCCCUCGCUGACAAGGAGAGAUAUGCUGAGGAAAUGCGUGAUUACAAGACGGCAAUUACUAAAAUUCCUGGCUUGGAGCAUUUGGAUGAGGAGCACCAUAUGCAUCUGGUUCAUGUCGAUGAACAUGAUCUUCAACAGGGCCAGAUUGUUUGA